CCAUAGAUUUUAGAGAUUUAAAAUCUCUAAAGCUAAAAUCCACAAUACAAAAAACAACAAAAAAACAUAACUUUCUACAAAAUCUACGGAUUCAAUAAAUCCACGCCCUAAAUCCCAUUCUCCAAACGACCCCUUAAUGGAUUCUUCUGGAUCCAAAAACCAUGCCAAUGUGUAGAGGGUAACUUUAUCUUCAAAACAAACAUCUACCCUUGAAUUUUCACCAGCCAAUUGAGAGAACCAGGCCUCCAAAUUAGCUAGGUACCAUGAAUUCGAAAAAUGACUUGGCCAAAUUCUGUCUUUCUUUUUCUCAACUUCAAUAGUUUCUUCGCCAAAUAAUAAAAACAUGUAGAUUUGGCCAUUUGAGAUCAUAUCAUCCUCAACUCUAAUCUUCGUCGGGCGCCGACAACCACAUGCAAGCGGCGCCACCUGCUGGAAUAAACCAAUGAUGAAGGCAGGGGAAGAUCGGUGUUGGAGAAAGAGAAAUCAAGGACUCUGGACUUUGCAUGCGGUUAUGGGAGUGCGGAGAGGAGGCCGCCGCCGGUGGUCAGCGUAGGUAGCAGUUGGGUUUGGGUUGGGGAGUCAAGGAGAGGGAGUCGGGGGAGAGGGAGGUGUAUACUGGGGGAGUCGGAGAGAGGAAGGUGUGAACUGGGGGUUGGGUUUUGUAGGAAGGCAUAAGAAGGAAUGUGAAUCCCUCAAUUUGUUCGAGAAAAUCGGACCGAACCGAUAUAUAUUUUGAUUCGAUCCGAUAUAUAUUUCGGUUCGAGUUUGGUUUAAGACUUUGAGGAAUUAGUGGACCCAGUAUUGUUAAUUUCGAUUUGGUUUCGAUCAAACUGAACCGAUGCCCACUCCUGCUAAUAGAAUCCUAAUUCCUCCAAUUGGAACCACUUGUGCUUCCCUGUGCUAGUCCAAAAAUAACAGUAGAUCGAGGAGUUUCAUCUACGGAUGGCAAUUUGAAGCGACCGCGUGGCUAUUACCCGAUCUGACCCGCGAUGGGGUGGGUAUUACCGACCUGCAGUUAGGACUGCAAAUGAGCCAAGCUACUCGCGAGCAACUAGAGGCUCGAAUCGGGAAAAACUCGUUCGAAACUCGAUUCGUUUACUGAUGACCCAAACUUGAGCUUAGCUUUGUUCAGCUCACGAGCUAGCUCGUCUCGGUGGAUUGUUGAGCUCAACUCGUGAGUUGGCUCAUUUAGAGCUCAUGAGAUGUCUCGAUAUUGUUGUUUGAGGGCCAACUUGAUCACCGACUUAUGGACUAAUCGAUCUAAUUUGGACUUUCAUAAUUCAUAGGAUUGUUAAGUUAUAUAUCUCACAUCAUGUGAAGUUUAACAUGUUGAACAUGUAAGAAAAUAUGCCUUAUUUUUAAUUCUAUAAAGAAAUUAUAUACAAAAUUGUUUCGAUAAUAUGAAAUAACAUGAUUUGAACUAGUUAAAAUUUAUUAACUAAACAAUAUGACACCUACAAAUUAUAAUAUAAGAUUAAUUAAUGUUGAACAUUUGAUUAUUUUUUUAUCGUUACAUCAAUCACAUGUACCAUACACGACAUACAAAAUGAAUGUAUCAAAUACGAUUUAAGAAUUUAGUAAACAAGCCUAGCUCGAACUUGACUCGACUCGGCUCGUUAAUAAAUGGCUCGGGCUCGAGUUCAACUCAUUUGUUAACAAGUCAAGCUCAAGCUAGGGUAAAACUCGGCUCAGGUUGGCUCAUUUGCAGCCCUACCUGGAGUAGCGUGGAGCGGGACAUGUGUAUCUACUUCCGACUUGUCCUGCCCCACCUUUGCAAGGAUAGCAAUAAAGAAGUUUGAAAAUUCCAAAUCCAAUGAUUUGAUAAUUAAAAAAAGGGUUAAUAACAUUUUGUACCCCUCUAUUAUUGUCGAUUAACAAACGUACUCCUUUAUUAUUUUUUUGAACAAACAUACCCUUCUAAUAUUAAAACGUAAUGAUUUUACUCUUCUAUCCAAUUUUCUGUUAAAUAACCAUUUAAUAGACUGAAAAUUUUGUGAUUUGCUUCAAUUUUCUUCAGUUUUCUAGAUUGGUGUUGAACAAUUUGUAUGGUUAAUUUGUGAUUUGCUUGAAUUUUCUAAAAUGGUGUUUUAUAUAUGGAUAAUUUGUGUUGAGAGAUUACUAUUUUACUUUUAUUUUGAUAGAAACUUGUUAUUCUAAAUUUUUUACGACAAAAAUCCAUGGGUACCCAUAAAUCCGCGGAUACCCAGUGAGUUGGAUUGAGUUUGAGUUUUCCAAACCCAAUAGAUUUUAUCCCAAAUUUUUUCACGGAUAAACCCGAUCCGACCCGACCCAUUGCCAAACCCGACCCGUUGCAAUGCUAUUAACUCUUAAAAAAUGUGAUGCAAACUUACAAGUAAUAUUUUCGCUAAAAAAAAGUAUUAAUCAAAAUAAAAUAGGGGUGAAUGCGUUACUCCCCUCCCGUCCCAGUCAGUACUCAGUCACCGUCUUUACUCUAUUAAACCCUUUCUAAAGUUCCUCCCAAAUCCCAAUUCUCAUCCUCGCUCCACUCUGCUUCUCCAGCAAAACCCUAGUAAGAGAGCGCAAAACCUCCCAACCUCUAUUCCAUAGCCACACUUUUCCGAUCAUGGAUUUGAGCCCAGAUUUCCUCGCCCAAUGCUUCGUCAACACUUUCUCCGCAGUGCGCGAGCCCCGCAAGGCAGCCGAGGACCGGUUGGCAGCAGCCGCCGACGCUCCGAACUUCGCCCUCGCUGUACUCAACUUGGUCGGCACUCCGACUUUCGACGAGCAGAUCCGUCACGCAGCGGCGGUCAAUUUCAAAAACUACCUUCGGCAGCGCUGGGCGCCGGCUCAGGAUUCCGAAUUCAAUCCGAUCCCAGAUGAUGAGAAGAACCAGAUCAAAACCCUAAUCGUUUCUCUCAUGCUCUCGUCUUCUCCCCGCAUCCAGUCGCAGCUCAGUGAAGCUCUUUCCCUCAUCGGGAAACACGACUUCCCCAAAACGUGGCCCUCCUUGCUCCCUGAGCUCAUCCAAAGUCUCCAGGCUGCUUCACAGUCCAACAACUAUGCCACCAUCAAUGGUAUUCUUGGAACGGCCAACUCUAUCUUCAAAAAGUUCCGCUAUCAGUAUAAGAGUAAUGACCUUUUCAUUGAUUUGAAGUACUGUCUCGAUCAGUUUGCUGCUCCAUUACUUGAAAUUUUCCGUAUAACUGCCGCUUUAAUUGACUCAGCAGUUCGCUCUGGGGCUGUUUCAUUUGAGGCUUUAAAACCCUUGUUCGAGUCACAGAGGCUCUGUUGUAGGAUCUUUUACUCUUUAAAUUUCCAGGAAUUGCCCGAGUUCUUUGAGGAUCAUAUGAAUGAAUGGAUGACAGAGUUUAAAAAGUACUUGACCUCUUCUUAUCCUGCCCUGGACAAUAGUGGCCCUGGACUUGCUGUGGCAGAUGACCUUAGAUCUGCUGUAUGCGAGAAUAUUAGUCUUUAUAUGGAGAAGAAUGAAGAAGAGUUCCAGCCCUACUUGAAUGAUUUUGCCCUUGCUGUUUGGACUCUGUUGGUUAAUGUGUCUCAGAAUCCUGCUCGUGAUAAGUUGGCUAUUACUGCCAUCAAAUUCUUAACUACAGUAAGUACCAGUGUGCACCACGGUUUGUUCGGAGAGGAUAGCGUGAUACUACAGAUUUGUCAGAAUAUUGUGGUUCCCAAUGUUCGCUUGAGGGACGAUGAUGAAGAGCUGUUUGUGAUGAAUUAUAUAGAGUAUAUCAGGAGAGAUAUGGAAGGUAGUGAUCUUGACACAAGGAGGAGGAUUGCAUGUGAAUUGCUGAAGGGGAUUGCAACGAACUAUAAGAAGCAGGUAACAGCUAUAGCCUCAGCUCAGAUACAAAACUUGUUGAGUUCCAAUGUUAAUAAUCUGGCAGUGAACUGGAAGGACAAGGACUGUGCGAUAUAUUUAGUAGUGUCUCUUGCGAGCAAGAAAUCAGGGGGUGUAGAUGUUUCAACCGACAUAGUUGAUGUUCAAAGUUUCUUUACUUCAGUUAUAGUGCCAGAGUUACAAAGCCAAGAUGUUAAUGCUUAUUCAAUGCUCAAAGCUGGGGCCCUUAAAUUCUUCACUGUCUUCAGGAAUCAGAUACCUAAGCAUCUUGCGAUUCACUUGCUUCCAGAUUUGGCUCGGUUCCUUGAGGCAGAGUCAAAUGUAGUUCAUUCUUAUGCAGCCAGUUGUAUAGAGAAACUGCUGCUUGUCAAGGAUGACAGAGCACGGGCAAGGUAUAAUGCAGCAGAUUUGGGUCCAUUCAUUCUUGUGCUGAUGAAUAACCUUUUUAAUGCACUGAAGCUUCCAGAGUCUGAGGAGAAUCAGUAUAUCAUGAAGUGUAUCAUGCGAGUUAUAGGAGUGGCAGAAAUAAAUGCAGCCAUUGCUGAUCCCUGUUGUAUUGGGUUGACCACAAUCCUCAACCAAGUAUGCAAAAACCCCAAAAAUCCUAUCUUCAACCACUAUCUCUUUGAGUCAGUAGCCAUUCUUGUCAGGAGAGCAUGUGAACGGGACAUCUCUCUUAUACCAGCAUUUGAGGCAAGAUUAUUCCCCAGCCUUCAAAUGAUCUUGGCCAAUGAUGUCACUGAGUUCUUGCCUUAUGCCUUUCAACUCUUGGCUCAACUAGUGGAGUUGAAUCGGCCGCCUAUUUCUCCUAGUUACAUGCAAAUUUUCAUGCUCCUCCUCUCUCCUGAAUCAUGGAAUAGAAAUUCGAAUGUUCCGGCCCUUGUUCGUCUACUUCAGGCCUUCCUUCAGAAAGCACCACAUGAGCUUCACCAAGAGGGAAGGCUGAGCCAGGUGCUUGGAAUAUUUGAGCGGCUUGUAUCAUCUCCAAGCACAGAGGAACAAGGUUUCCAUCUUCUGAACACCGUUAUUGAGAAUCUUGAGUUUCCUGUCAUUGCUCCGUACAUGGGUCACAUCUGGGCUGCUCUAUUCACCCGCCUGAAGAAGAAGGAGACAACAAAGUUUAUCAAGUCUCUUCUGAUAUUCAUGUCCUUGUUUUUGAUCAAGCAUGGUCCUGGAAACCUUAUUGACACAAUGAAUUCGGUUCAAGCAAAUAUAUUUACUGCUAUCUUGGACAAGUUCUGGAUACCAAAACUCAAGUUGAUUACUGGACAUAUUGAAGUUAAGUUGGUUGCAGUUGCAUCUUGCAAACUUAUCUGUGAAUCUCCUGUUCUUGCGGAGCCUGCAGCUGCUAGUAAAUGGGGUAAAAUGCUGGACAGCAUUGUUACUCUUCUCUCAAAACCAGAAGAACAUAGAGUUGAAGAGGAACCUGAAAUGCCAGAUGUUGCUGAAAAUGUUGGCUAUACUGCAACUUUUGUCAAUCUUUACAAUGCUGGAAAGAAGGAGGACGAUCCUCUCAAGGACAUAAAGGAUCCGAAACAAUUCUUAGUGGCUUCAUUGUCGAGUCUUUCUGUCACUUCUCCUGGAAGGUUUCCACAGUUAAUCAACGAGAACCUAGAUUUAGCAAAUCAGACUGCACUGAUGCAGCUCUGCAGCACCUAUAACUGUCCAGUUGUUUGAGUAAGAAGCUACCUCUGUCGAGUGUUAUCGUUUGCCUGUUUCCUUUGCAGUUCAUUGCUUUAUUUUCCUUUUUGUUCGUCUGAACUUUUGAAGUAUGUUAAACCGGAAUUUUUUAUUAUCAAACUAGUUUGGAUUCUCUGAGCUCGUAAGUGAACAACCUUUUAAUAUAACUGACAUUUUCCUUGCAUGUUACUCUGGGCUGGCAUGUGGUUUUAUACUCUUACCAUUUUAUUUUACAGACUCGCCAAUAGUAACCAUCAAGUGCUGGAGCGAUGAAGUUUGAUGCGUUUGGAGAGUAGGUGCGUCCCGGUGAAGUUCAGUCUGGUGUCUGAAGUUUAUGGUCGAUAGACAUGUUAAGGGGUGUAGUUUUGAGCUUACGUACUUUGAAUGGAUUGGCCAUAUACUGGAUGAAGUUGUUACGUUAGGGGAUUUGAGUGUUUUUGUUUGUCGACUUGUCUUUUGAGUCGUGCGGCAAAGGUUGGAGAUUGGCAGUCAAUUGUUGAUGAAUCCUUGUAUUAUUGGCAGUCGAACUUAAUUGUUGAUGAAUCCACUAAUUUUCUCUUAGUGGAUUGUUUUUGUUAUGGGUUCUUCGUGUCUUCCCCACUUCUCUCUUGAAUGUCGUGCAACGUCUAUUUACUAGGCAUCGUUUGGAAGUUAGAUUUCAAAUGGAUUUCAAAUGGUGCAUUUGGCCAAUAUAUGUAAUUCGGAGAAUUUGUCGUUUUUAUCUUAAAACGAAACACAAUACUUAUAUUUGAGUAGAAGAUUAGACCAUAAAAAUCAUUCAUUAUGAAUGAUUGUCAAUCUCAUAUUUUUUUUCCUAUUUCUUUAGGGAUAAAAAACAAUGUAUUUGUCUAAUUCGUAUUGAAACAAUACAUAUAAUUAGAAUUAUAUAAGUUGAUUAAAUGCAUCAAUUUAGAGAUCCUAACUACUGGUCACCGGACAUGACCUAGGUGUCCUUGUUCUGUUUUCUUGAGUAAGUCAAGGUUUGAUUAAACUUUAAGGUUGUCAAGCUGAUUAUGCACGUUGACCUGAUCAAGUAAGCGGAAUAAGGAUUAAUUCGUUGUAAUGUGCAUAUUAAUAUAUAUAAACCUAAAUUAUUAUAUAUAAACCUAAAUACCAUCUACUAUUCUGGGGAGGGGUUUGAAUAUGCUUGGCUCAACCCAAAAACAACUCCAUCUUGCAUUUGAGUCCAACAUUAAAUUAGAAUUACAACUACCAAUUUUAGCAUAGUUUUAAGACUUUGUUAUAAUGGUUUUAACACCUUUUACACAUUGUUUUCAAAAUCGGAUCGGUAGCUGAGCUGGACGAUUUAGCAUGGUUUAUGGUUCAACUGUUAACCUCUAUAGAAUCGUUGGUUAACUAUUGAUAGAAUUGUUCAUGAGCUAUAACAUAAAGACAUAUUCUAAUUUAGGAGGAAUUCAUUACUUACCAUAAUCAAUUUCAAAUGCAUAUCAUCCACCACCAAAAGUAGUAGAUUAAAGUAGUAAUUGAGUUUGGAUGGUUAUGGUUUACGUUAAUUAUUUUGUUUCUUAUUUUUUUGUGGUUAAGAAGGUGAACUAGUGGACCAGUCAAACUGGAGUGGCUCAUUGGGAUCAAUGCAGUCAAAAGCGCGAUUCUACCUAAAAGCGAAAAUUGGGUAAAAUCGUAAAGCAUUGAAUUAAAGCAUAAAUGCGUAAGUUUUUUUAAGCAUCCUGUAUAAUAGCUAAAAAUCUGUUAAGUAAGGCGUGUACUAUAUAAAAUAUGAGUGUAUAGAGCUUAGAUAAGUGAAUAUAUACAUGUAGUUCCUUUCUAAAGUAAAGCAAACUCAUAACAUCUUAACAAUAAGUUCACAAACAAGUUAAGAAUCCAAAUUUUCACAAACUAUUUUGGGUAAAAUUGUAAAGCAUUGAAUUAAAGCAUAAAAGCGUAAGUUUUUUUACGCAUCCUGUAUAAUAGCUAAAAAUCUGUUAAGCAAGGCGUGUACUAUAUAAAAUAUGAGUGUAUAGAGCUUAGAUAAGUGAAUAUAUACAUGUAGUUCCUUUCUAAAGUAAAGCAAACUCAUAACAUCUUAACAAUAAGUUCACAAACAAGUUAAGAAUCCAAAUUUUCACAAACUAUUUUAAGUUUACACGAUUACAUGCGAGUUUAAUAAUCCAAGUUACCGAAAUAAAAAUAUCACACAAAUAGUUAUAAAUGAUAGAAGGAAUUUAUGCUAUACUACAAUUUAUCAUUUCGCUUGUCCGAUUGUUAGUUAUCAUAGAUAUGUCAAACAAAAAAAGUCGUAACUUAUACUAUAAUUCACAUAUAUUAUUUAUGUUUAGCAAAUGUUAUUGAUAAAUUAAUCAAUUGGCUUUACAUCAUGUUUGAUUUUAUUUUAUUUUACCCAAUCCCAUUAAUCACUCAAGCAAGUUUUCUUGGCAAUGUCAUUUAUUUGAUGAUUACUGAAAGUUUUUUUUUAUUGUGUUCUUCUGUUUUGGCUAUGUGCAGAGUCGGUAAAGAACAAAGAGGAAGAGGCAAUAACGUUUUGUACUUUAGUCGGGUGGGUGAAAAGAAGAGCUUCGAAUUGAGGAUUACGGUGAGGAAUCGAACGAUGCGGAGGAGAAUAUAGAGGCGGGUAUGGGUUUGGUGGCAGCGGUGGCGGAUGCUUCUUCGUCUAUUGAGAAGGAUUGCGGUGGGCGGCAGGCAGCAAUGUAACACCCUACCCUAUACGUUUUGCCUAAUCAUAUUGUUCAUAAAAUUGCAGCGGAAUUAAUCUCGGGUGUUACAUUAAUUAUCAAAAUUUACCCAAAUAAAAUUUCGACAUGAAUUACUCGCGUAAUGGGCUAACAGUUCUUGCAACUUAUCCUGCAAAAUAAUUCAUCACAAACAUAUAUACUCACAACCAUAUGCAUUGGCUUUUCUUAGCCAUAGUCACACUUUUCAUACUCCACAACUGCAUACCAUACUUAUACAUACCAUAAUCGUCACAACUUACACAGUUACACAACAUAUACACAUAUCAUCAACUUUCCACACCUGUGGAUAUCUCACACUACCUCAGAAGCUAGUAUGCACAUGAAAAACGUUCUCAAAACAUUUUUACAAAAAGGUGUGGAUCACUGGCCAAAAUCCUGAGUAGUCGUCCAAGCACAGAAUAGUUGAAGACCAUACCUCAUCCUGGCUUCAACUCUAGCUCCUCUCCCACCUAACACUUAUCUAUUGCUGCUGCUGAUGAUCUGCUUUCACAUAGCAUAAGUAGAGAAGAAGAAUAAAAGGGGGUCAGCUCAUGGCUGAGUGAGACAAUCAUUGCAUCGUGAGUUCAUAACAUAGCAUACCCCUACCAUACAUCUAGCAAACAAGCCAAAGCACUAGGAUCAGACCUCAGCCAUCUGACAUCCCAAUAGGCAAAAGACUCAACCACCUUGACUUAUUCAUAUGCAUCUUAUCAUGUUUUACUUAUAGGCGCCUGGCUACUCCCAUGCUAAUUACUCUCCCGAGAAUACAGACCAAACAUCUCGUGGAUGUGGUCAUAUCGGACCCACUACUGCCGGUGUAGUCAUAUCGGACCUGACAGCACUCUGGGUGUGGUCAUAUCUCAUGAUGAAUCAACGGUCAACACCACCUCAGGGGUGUGACAUAACAUAUCAUAACAGAGUAAUAGCAUGGGGAGCCCUAAUCACUAUGUAAUUAACUAUGAGACCAAAGUAUUCUUACUUGGUAUCCUUAUACAUGAUCUAUAUCUCAUCUUGCUUAAUCAUAAUUCAUUACUUAGACAUGUUCUUGGCCUGGCCACAAUUGGCUCAACAUAACCAUGAGUCGUAUAACUGCACUUCCUCGGGAUAAACCCUCGUGCAAGUCAUCCUCCUUAAACAUCAAAAUAUCACCCCGGGAAGUUUAUUUCCUCCACUUGUGAAUCCAAAUACAACCACAAUAUCACA